AUGGCGUCACCGCUCAGCGGAAGGAUACCGGAGCGGGGCUGCGAACUAUUUAUUCGGCUCAUGACGUAUUACUCACGGGUAUCAGGAGAGGCCACAGAAGAGGAAGAUGGGGAGCAUGGAGAGUUGAAAGAGGAUGAUGAUGUGCCAUUUAGUGUAACAAGCAUGCUGUCAUCCGAGAGUAUGUUGUUAGACACUGAGACAGAAACAGAAGGAAUGGCGGCAUCAGUCAAAGAUAGGCUUCUGCAUCAACUGCGCAAUUUGGAAGGUGAUCAGAGGGCUUAUCGUGAAGAGUCUGAACGUACCAUCACAAGGCAAUUACGAGAACUAAAUCAAUUGCAGCAUGAACAUGAAUCUCUGGCGACAAACAUGGCCCUUCUCAUAUCCCCUCAGAAGAUACGGAAGGAUAUUAAUGAUUCAACACAGAUAAAGACAUUGAUACAAACCAAAGAGCAGUAUGACUGCCUUGCUGAACAGGAAAAGAAUCUGAUUGCUAAACUUGAUGCUCAGAUAAAAGACCAAGAAGAAAAAAUUAUUAAGCACAAGAUGUCCACUGGCGGUAUAAGGAGUGUUCACCAACGACGAAGACAUUUGCAGAAACAAAUACAAACUUUGGAGAAUCAACUAAACUUGGCAACUAUAAAGUUUAACACAAUACUGACUGAAAAUUGCAAGCUCCGUGAAGAAAUUAAUGUCCUGAGAGUUAAUAAAGAGAUUUACAUUAAACUAUAUAACAAACUCAGUGCAAAAUUACAAGAACAAAAGAAAAUAAUGAAAGAUAUUGUUGAGGAGUCUAUACAAGCUUAUGACCAACGGAUGGAGGCAGAAACAAGGAUAAAUGCCGUGAAAGAACGAAGUGCUAAAGACAUUCUACUGUAUAACACAGAGAUAAAGGAACUAAUGCGUAUUAUUGAUCAUGAGUCAAGACUUAAGGACUUUAUGCUGAUUAAAUUUCGACAGUUUACAAAAGAAGAUCAAUCUCAGGAUAAAAUUGGUAAGAAAACCGCUCAGGAAAUUGAAUAUGAGGCGUAUGAAGAAGUAUAUAAUCAACUUAAACAUCUGACUGGCAGAGACAACCUUUACAGUUUGGGCAAUGAGUUUAUUGCCACGGAGGAGAAAAAUUAUGCACUAUUUAAUUUUAUAAAUGAAAUCAACAUUCAAUUGGAACAAAAGCAAGAGAAGAUACAGAAUAUUAAGGAUGAAAUAUUACAAAUACAAAACCAACGUGGCCAAAGUGAGGCAGAGAUGCACAGACUCAUAAAGGAGCUAGAGCGAGCUCUUGAAAGUACAACCCAACAGACAAAUAAGUAUGAAAGGAUGUAUACACACGUUAGCAAAACCUUGGAUCAGCUGAAAUCCAGCGUAGAAUCCCUUGCCAAGAAAAUACACUGUGAUUUAACACCAAUCCAACAGAAAUUGUGUGGUAAUGAGGGCAUCUUAAAUUUCAAUGCACUGGAUUAUUUAGGCAUAAUUGAAAGAAAAGCAAUUGACCUGUUACAGCUCCACAUGCUGACUAUCCAGUUAGCUGAACUGGAGAAGGAAACCCCUCCACUCAGUCCUGCAAGUAGUGUAACAAGUACUCCAAAAGUGAAUAUCUUGUUAGCUGGUUCUGAGCUGAGCAGGUUAAUGAAACCCAUAAAGAUCUUUCCACCAGUAAUAGAUGAUGACAUUGAAGUUGAGACAGAGAAAGAAUCUGCAAGGUUUUCACCAGCUGCUGCUUCAGCAGCUGUAGCCAUAGUGUUUAGCUUGAGAACACCAAAGGGUUUCAUGCUGGCAGUGACUGAUAUGAAGAGAAGUUUGUGCAGAGGGAACAAAGACAGGUGGAGCCAUACCUUGGGUGUUGAAUCUCACUCGGCCUUUGGAGAUGAAUUUUUAGUAACAAGGUUAGCAGAACUUCCAUCUCUACAGCAUCCUUAA